GGUGGAGCGCUCCGUCCGCUCGCGCGCGGCGGGUGCCCCGGCGGAGGAGAGGCAAAUCGUGGACCAGGCUUUCCUGAGCCAGCAGAUCUCCCUACUCGAGCAGAAGUUCGCCCACGAGACAAAGGCGCUGAAGCAGGACCUCCAUCGCACCAUCCUCGCCCACAACCACAACUCCGACCUGAUGCGCCACCAUCGCGACGCCCUGGACGAGGCGUGCAGGCGGCUGGACGCCCACCCCAUGCGCCCCGAGGCCGACCGCGUCAACAUGCAGCUGGCCCACCUCGAUCACCUGCUGCACCAGAGCCAGGCGAAGCAGCAGGCCCUCGACAUGGUCACGGAGCAGCUGCAGCUGCUGGAGGCCCAGGUCUGCGCCAUGCUGGAUCAGUCGGCGAACUCGGCGGCCCCGGCCUACCUGAGGCAGCCGGCGAAGGCGUCGUCCGCGGCGGCGCAGGCGGAGGCCGACGGCAAGUUCAACGCGGAGGCCCCGGUCUUCGUGCCGCGCAACCCGGCCCCGCAGGAGGCGGACGCCGGCGCGGGCGCGGCGGGGGCGAGCGAGCCCGCCGGGUCCGCGGACUCCGCGGCGGCGCCCGCGGAGCCGGCGGAGCCGGCGAAGUGAGGGGCCAGGGCGGCUCGGGGGCGGGGCGCCUUCGCCCGAGUUCGGG